CAUUUUGCUUCAUUUUCUCGCGAGGGGAAUAUCCGGUUGCUGAUCUAGAGUGGCCCAGCUGCAGGCGAGCGACCAUCUUCUCUCUUUCUCUCUCAGUUUACUGUGAGAAAUCUGGGGUUCUCUGAUCCUUGAUCGGUGGGAAAGAGGAAGGCCAGCCGGUUGGAGAAAGCUGCGAAGUUUGGGAUUUCAAUUUGGUUUCAUGGGUGGAGAGAAAUUCCAAUGAAUCCAUCCGCUUCCCUCUCUUCUUCCUCGUCGGGUUCUUGGUUAUCUGGGAUCGUCCGCAGUUACACCGUCAAAUCGAGCACGCCCAAGAUGGCGAAUACAGCAAAAUCAGCGUCUGGUGAUGCCUCCUUCGGUUCCGGCCAACGGAAAAACCAGCUAGGUGGAGUUCUCUUCAAGUAUGGCCCCAACCCCGUCCAGGUUGCAUUCAAAACUGGAGAUUUCAAGCAACAAGUUAUUUUUAUUGGUGGACUUACAGAUGGUUUUUUGGCUACAAGUUAUUUGGAACCUCUAUCAGUUGCGCUGGAAAGGGAAAAGUGGUCACUUGUUCAGCCCUUAUUGUCAUCCUCAUAUACAGGCUAUGGCACCUCUAGCUUGAAUCAGGAUUUUUUGGAGAUUGAUCAAUUGAUUAGCUACUUGAUAAACAAGGAAGACUCAGAAGGUGUCAUACUGCUUGGCCAUAGUACUGGAUGCCAGGACAUUGUUUAUUAUAUGCGUAGAAACACCGCUUGUUCCAGGGCUGUGCGUGCAGCCAUCUUGCAGGCACCAGUUAGUGAUCGAGAAUAUCGAGCAACUCUGCCUGAAACUGCUGCAAUGAUUGAUCUGGCUGCAAAAAUGAUCAGCGAAGGUCGAGAGAUGGAAUUAAUGCCCAGGGAAGCAAAUCCUGAAGCUCCCAUAACUGCUUAUAGAUAUCACUCGCUCUGUGCUUAUAUGGGAGAUGAUGACAUGUUCAGUUCAGACCUUAGUGAUGAUCAAUUAAGAUUAAGGAUUGGCCAUAUGUCUAAUACAGCUUGUCAGGUCAUCUUCUCCAUGGCUGACGAAUAUGUACCUGAUUAUGUUGAUAAGAAAGCCCUAGUUGAGAGGAUAUGUAGAGCCAUGGGAGGAGCUGAGAAAGUUGAGAUAGAGUGGGGGAAUCAUUCCCUUUCUAACCGAGUCGAAGAAGCAGUGCAAGCAAUUUUAGAUUUUGUUAAGAGAGAGGUGCCAAAAGGCUGGGAUGACCCCUGGAGCUAGUUUUGCACCCCCUAUUCCUGCAUUUGAUUCGUCCCAUCGAACCAUAGAAUUUUUGCCGUCUCAUUGUUUGCCUUCUCCGUUGUGCCGUUCAUCUUGUAUCAUCCUAUUUCUUAGCUGCACGCUCAAUUUACUUCCAUUUUUUCCUCAUCAAAUAAGUCAUUUCUUAUUUUUCA